AUGAGCAACGCGGUUGGCGGCCUGUGUGCGGUGGGCCCUGGGUUGCUGGUCUUAUUGUUGUGCCAUCUUGUGUGUUUGUUUUUGACACCAGAGCCUGCCUUCGGUGAGGUGAACCAACUCGGUGGUGUUUUCGUGAACGGCCGGCCGCUUCCCAACGCCAUUCGGCUCCGGAUUGUGGAGCUGGCCCAGCUCGGGAUCCGGCCUUGUGACAUCAGCCGGCAGCUGCGGGUCUCCCACGGCUGCGUGAGUAAGAUCCUGGCCCGCUACAACGAGACCGGCUCCAUCCUCCCGGGGGCCAUCGGAGGCAGCAAGCCGCGGGUCACCACACCCACCGUGGUCAAGCACAUACGGACAUACAAGCAGCGAGACCCGGGGAUUUUUGCCUGGGAGAUCCGGGACAGGCUACUGGCCGAUGGGGUUUGCGACAAGUUCAACCUGCCCUCCGUCAGCUCCAUCAGCCGGAUCCUGCGGAACAAGAUUGGGAAUCUGUCCCAGCAGAGCCAGUACGAGUCGGGCAAGCCGGCGCCUCACCCCCCGCCCCAGCCCACCUUACCCUACAACCAUCUAUACUCCUACCCGACCUCCAAAGUGCCCACUCCUCCAGGCAUGCCCACCCUCCCCGGACACAUGGCCAUGCAUAGGAUAUGGCCCUCGUCGCACUCUGUAACAGAUAUUCUGGGGAUACGGUCGAUUACAGAGCAACAAAUUAGUGACAGUCCAUCCUUUCCCAGCACCAAACUAGAAGAAUGGAGCGCUAUAAACAGGAGUAAUUUCUCAUCAGCAAGCUCUCCGCUAGUCAAUGGCAUGGAUAAACCGCAUUUAGAACCUCAAGCAAAAUACACACAGACGCCGAGUGGAUUGCCCACAGUGAACAGCUAUGUCACAGCACCCAGCAUCCCACCCUACCACCCUCCCACCCAAGUGUCACCCUACAUGGGGUACAGCGCCACCACGUCGGCCUAUGUGACCGGACCCACGUGGCCGCCGGCCAGUGGCAGUGCUCUAUCUCCCCACAGCUGUGACAUUGCGUCCCCUCUGGCCUUCAAGAGCAUGUCAGUAAACCGUGACGCCAUCCACCCGGUCGCCGCCUCGGCGCUGUGA